UCCCUCCUGGCGGUUUCUUUCCCACUCAUCAUCCAUUCAUCAGAGCCGACCCAGCCUGCCACGGGAACCGACCGCACCUUGUGUCCUGUCCAAUAUCCUACUAUUCCUCUAAUUCAGUGUCCAUCCAGUCCAGUCAACCGUAGCCAUGUUCUCCAGUACCGUGGCCCGUCCCCUGCAGCUGGUCAUUCGGUUUAUGCAGUGGGCUAGUGCAGUCAUCGUGAUGGGUAUCACCUCGUACUUUAUCCACAGGGGACCUCGCGGCCAACAUAUCAUCUACCAGGAAGUCAUUUCGACCAUGUCCGUGGUCUUCUUCCUGCCCGCCUUUGUGUCGCCCUUCUUGCCCAAAGCCCUCAGCAAGUUCGUCCUGGGCAUCGAUGUCAUCUUCUCAUACCUCUGGCUCACGGCAUUCGUCUUCGCGGCACAAGACUACAACUGGCGUCCUUGUCUGUUUAACGCUCCGCCAGGCGUCAGCUGCUCCAAGAAAAGGGCCAACGAAGCGUUCAUCUUUCUGACAUUCAUCUUCACCUUCUUCGCCAUCUUCGUCGAGAUCGGUGCCCUCUGGGCCUACCGUCGCGAGAGCACACCCGUCCGCGAGAAGAACACUGGCGGUGCCCACGGCGGUCCCGCCGAUGCCCCCGUGGCCACGGUCUAGAUAUAACCAACCUUGCCUCUCGACGAUGGUGACACAAUAUCAACGCACAUCCUCGUCUCAGCCACCUCAGACAAGAAUCAGCCGCCGUCGAGAUGAUGAUAAUACCAACUAUGAUACCACGCUUGAUUUGAUUGAACAUCGACGUUAAUAUUGAUAUCUAACAUA